CCUGUUUGCAGGUCGUUCCCCACAAGGGCACCUUCCUUUGGUUUAGUUGCUGCUUAUUGCAAACGAAGCUUCGGGCUCAGCUCCAGGGGGGAGGAGUGCACUCCUGGGGCACCUGAAAGAAAAGGCGUGGGAUAGAUGGCCAUAGAGAAAAGCUAUCGACGUGCUCGGGGGGAGUCGGAUACGACUUGAUGGCACAGAAGGAAGCGCGGAACCCAUGAAAACAUCUUGCAAACGCUUCAGAGUGGAAAUGGAACGAGCGUGUUUUUCAGCCUUAUGUCACUAGAUGGCGCUCUACAGAGAAGCAAUACUCGUGCCUAGAAAGCAGUGAAUACAUUACAGUUGUGCCAUUGCUACUUUACUGGGGGGGGGGGGGUAAGAGGCUUGAGCUGGAAGGCGUUGAAACGAUAGAACAGUGGAUUGCUAGAGCGGAUGUGGAGGAGAGGAGGCGAAGGGCAGAGGGGCUUCCUCUUCCAGCUGACCCUCGGGAGGAUAAUGGCGUCGGCGGAGCCUCUUGUGCUGCUUGGAGGGUGGAAGCGGCUCCUGGGAGGCAAAGGGAAUGCCAAAAAGAGGCUUCUGGAUGAUAGAGAAUAAGAAGCAGCUUUAAGAAGGAAAGUGAAUCUGGAACAUCUGGUAAACAACGUCUUUUCCCUUUCCUCCAGAAUACAAGAAAACUCUUCUCUUUCCCCAGCCAGAGAAAAGAGAAAAAAAAUAGGAAGUGUUUUGCACUGAUAAACAAUUAUUGUAUGUGGAACUCAAGGAAUCAAUACAUAAAAAAAUAAAUGUGGAACAUUUCCAGAUUCAGAAAAAGAGGAAAUAUCUAGAAGUCUGUGGGGAGGAAGCACUCAUUCCAGACAAGAAUGCAGGCCUCACCCUGUGAGGAAACAAACAGCUUGAAGACAAGAUAUUUGUGAAGAGGAGUUCACAAAUAUUUUUGACCUCCUCAAGAAUCUAAGACUAUCAGUGGCGGAAAAACUCCACAGAUAUGCAUAUGGCGGGAAAAGCACAGAUUGCAAAUCAGAGCUGAUUAUGCAUCACACUGGUGAAAAACCAUACAAAUGCUCUGAAUGCGGCAAAGUCUUUCGCUACACUUCCCAACUUAUUGAGCAUAAAAUAACCCAUACUGGAGAAAAGCCCUACCAGUGCCCACAGUGUAGCAAAAAGUUUAGUAAGCAUGCCAACCUGCUGAUACACAAGAGGACACACACCGGAGAGAAACCAUAUGAGUGUCCAGAGUGCGGGAAAAGUUUCAGUCAGAAUUCCAACCUGGUGAUACACCAGAGAACUCACACGGGUGAGAAACCAUAUGAGUGUUCGGAUUGUGGGAAAAGUUUCCAGCAGAAUUCCAACCUGGUGAUACACCAGAGAACUCACACAGGAGAGAAACCAUAUGAAUGUUCAGAUUGUGGGAAAUGUUUCAGUAAGAAUUCCAACCUGGUGAUACACCAAAGGACUCACACAGGAGAGAAACCAUAUGAGUGUCCAGAUUGUGGGAAAAGCUUUAGUCAUAAUUCCUACUUGGUUAUACACCAGAGAACUCACACUGGGGAGAAACCAUAUGAGUGUGCAGAUUGUGGGAAAAGUUUCAAUAAUAAUUCUAACCUUGUGAAACACCAGAGGACUCACACAGGAGAGAAACCAUAUGAGUGUCUAUACUGUGGGAAAAGCUUCCGUCAGAACUCUUGCCUGGUGAUCCACCAGAGGACUCACACAGGCGAGAAACCAUAUGAGUGUCCAGAUUGUGGGAAACGUUUCCAGCAGAAUUCCAACCUGGUUAUACACCAGAGGACUCACACAGGAGAGAAACCAUAUGAAUGUUCAGAUUGUGGGAAAUGUUUCAGUAAGAAUUCCAACUUGGUGAUACACCAAAGAACUCACACAGGAGAGAAACCAUAUGAAUGUUCGGAUUGUGGGAAAUGUUUCAGUAAGAAUUCCAACCUUGUUAUACACCAGAGGACUCACGCAGGAGAGAAACCAUAUGAGUGCCCAGAUUGUGGGAAAAGUUUCAGUCAUAAUUCCGACUUUGUGAAACACCAGACAAUUCAUACAGGAGAGAAACUGUAUCAGUGUCCAAAUUGUGGGAAAACAUUCACUCGGAAUUCCAAGCUGGUGAUACACCAGAGAACUCACACAGGAGAAAAACCAUAUCAGUGUCCAGAUUGUGGGAAAAGUUUCAGUCAGAAUGCCCAUCUGGUGAUACACCAGAGAACUCACACAGGAGAGAAACCGUAUAAGUGUCCAGAUUGUGAUAAAUGUUUCCAGCAGAAUUCCAACCUGGUGGUACACCAGAAGACUCACACAGGACAGAAACCAUAUGAGUGUCCAGACUGUGGGAAAAGUUUCAGUCGAAAUUCCAACCUGGUGAUACACCAGAGGACUCACACAGGAGAGAAACCAUAUGAAUGUCCACAUUGUCAGAAACAUUUCAGUCUUAAAUCUGCCCUGGUAACACACAUGAGAACCCACACAGGAGAGAAACCCUAUGAGUGUCCAAAUUGUGGGAAAUGUUUCAGUUUAAAUGCCAACCUGGUAAUACACCAGAGGACUCACACAGGAGAGAAACCAUAUGAGUGUCUGUAUUGUGGGAAAAGUUUCAGUCAGAAUGCCAACCUUGUGAUGCACCAAAGGACUCACACAGGAGAGAAACCAUUUGAGUGUCCAGAUUGUGGGAAAAGUUUCCAACAGAAUUCCAAGCUGGUGAUACACCAGAGGACACACACAGGUGAGAAACCAUAUGAAUGUCUGGAUUGUGGGAAAAGUUUCAAGGAAAAUUCCACCCUACUGUUACACCAGAGGACUCACACAGGAGAAAAACCAUAUGAGUGUCCAGAUUGUGGAAAAGCUUUUAGUAGGAAUUCCAACCUGCUAAUCCAUCAGAAGGCUCAUACCGGAGAUAAACCAUAUGAGUGUCCAGAUUGUGGGAAAGGUUUCAAUUGGAAUUCAGAUCUAGUGAUACACCAGAGGAUCCAUACAGGAGAAAAACCGUAUGAGUGCCUGGAUUGUGGGAAAAGUUUCAGUCGGAAUUCCCACCUGGUGGAACACCAGAGAACUCACACAGGAGAAAAACCAUACGAGUGUCCUGAUUGUGGGAAAGGUUUCUAUCGUAAUUCUAAUCUUGUGGUACACCAGAGAACUCACACCGGGGACAAACCAUACCAGUGUCUAGAGUGUGGUAAGAGUUUCCAUUGGAAUUCUGCCCUGGUGAUUCACCAGAGAACUCACACAGGAGAAAAACCAUUUGAGUGUCUGGAGUGUGGGAAAAGUUUCAUUCGGAAUUCCGAUUUGGUAAUACAUUGGAGGACUCACACCGGGGAGAAACCAUAUGAGUGUCCGGAUUGUGGGAAAGAUUUCAGUACUCAGUCUAGCCUCAUAAAUCAUGUAAGGUUACACACAGGGGAGAAACCAUUCAAAUGCCCAGAUUGCGGACAGUGUUUCACACAAAAUUCCUCCUUUAUCACACACAAGAAAUUCCACACGAGACAAAAUUUGACGUGUUUAGAGGAUUCUUGAAUUUCAUUUCUCAUCUUAUUGCAAGCUCAUCUGAGGAAUUAACUAUUUUAUUGUCUUGCCUCAUUCUUUUUAAUUAAAUAUAUCUUAAUAUUGAACAUGAGGGGAUCUGAGUUGGGAGGUUCAAGCACUUUCUGAACUUCCUUGCCUCUUGUGCAACUGGAGAUGCACAAAUAUGUGCAUAAUUGCCUGCCAUUUGUGCGGUCCAGUGUUUGGGGACCCCUGUCCUAGUAUCAAAAUUUCGAUUCCCAUUGUGGUAAGUUGAAGAUUACCUACUAUUAUAUACACCAAAGAUUCAGAUUUAACAGCAGUGGAGGAAUGGUUGGUGAAGAUGAUGGAAUUUUCUGAGACAACUAUAUUGAUUUCCUCAAUCAAAGAAAAGACAGUCUGUAUGUUCAUUACUGAUUGGAAGUUUGUUAGACAUCUGUGUUAAUAAAAAAAACGAAAUCAUGUACAGUUUUGAUUAUAAAAAAACCAACCAGGUAAUAGAAAAGAGAGUUUUUGUAACAAGUAAUUUUGUAUUUCUAAUAUCACUGUAAAGGAAGUAAUUCCUUUAAACAAAAUAUAAUUACUGUAAAGGAAGUAACUUCUCUCUA